AUGACGGAGCUGGUGAUUCAGAGACUGGAGAACGUGAAAACACCAAAGCCCAAAAGGCAAAGCAGGACAUUAUGUGAGAACCAGGAGCUUGCGACCAUCAAAAUGUUCCUGGACAUCAAGAUCAUGACCUACAGGAAGCUGCUGGAUGGAAAGGAGUACAGCUCCAGCUCUGGCCGUGCUGGCAGGAACUUGGGUUCUUCCUCUGUAGCUCUUCCCAGGAACCGAUGUAGUUUCAGCACUGCCUGGUGUCACUGGGGUGGUGGCAUGGGCUACUGUGGCUUGGGUUACUUCAGCAGGAGAGGUCUCAAUGGUGUGGCAUGCUCCGGGCCCAGAAUGGCUGUUGGAAUGUGUCCUCCUCUGAGACGUGGAUAUGGCUUUGGUGCAGCUGGCGUGGGGUUUGGCUACAGAGGUGUUGGGUUUGGCUAUAUGGUUGGUGGAGUCUCCAGACCAUGCACCAUCAUACCCAUCACCAUCAACAAGCAACUGCUCCAACCACUCAGACUGGAACUCGAUCCCAAAGUGCAAACGGUGAAGUACCAAGAGAAGGAGCAGAUCAAGACCCUCAACAACCAAUUUGCUUCUUUCAUUGACAAGGUUCAGUUCCUGGAACAGCAGAACAAGGCACUGGAGACCAAGUGGAGCUUUCUGCAGGGUCAAAAUCACAGCAAGAACACCAUCACACCCAUGUUAGAGGCUUAUAUUGGUAACUUGAAGAAGCAGCUGGAAGCACUGGGCUGCAACAGAGCCCAGUUAGAAACAGACCUGAAAGCAGCCCAGCAGGUUUUGAAUACCAACAAGAAAAUGUUCAAGGACGAAUGCAGCCAGCGGCGCUGCACCGACAGCAAGUUUAUUGCCCUGAAGAAGGAUGUGGACUGUGUUUUCUUGAACAAAGCAGAGCUGGAAGCCAAGGUGGGAAGACUGAAAGAAGAGGUUGAAUUCCUGAGAAACAUCUACAAAGAGGAAAUCCACCGGCUUCAGGCCCAGAUCUCUGAUACUUCAGUGGUUGUCAAGAUGGACAAGAGCCAAGAUCUGGACCUGGGUGGCAUCACUGCAGACGUCAGGGCUCGAUACGAGGACAUUGCCCGCAAAAGCCGAGCAGAAGCGCAGGCCUGGUAUGAAAGCAAGUUUGAGGAGCUGCAAGUUACCGCAGGCAGAAAUGCUGACAGCCUGCGAGAGACAAAAAACAAGGCAGCUGAGCUGACACGGGAGGUCCAGAGGCUGAAUGGACAAGUCAAGAGCACCAAGGACCAGCGCACCAAGCUGGAAGCCGCCGUGGCCAAAGCUGAGGAACGUGGGGAAACAACCAUUAAGGAUGCAAAGCAGAAACUGUCCGAGCUGGAGGGUGCUCUGCAGCAGACCAAGGCAGACCUGAGCCAGCAGCUCCGCGAGUACCAGGAGCUUAUGAACGUCAAGCUGGCCCUGGACGUUGAGAUUGUCACCUACAGGAAGCUGCUGGAGGGAGAGGAGAGCAGGCUCUGUGCAGAAGGUGGCUUCCCCACCAACAGCUCAGUGAGCUGCAGUGACGGUGUGAGCAGCAGGACCACAAGGAGCUCCCGCAUGAAGGUGAUGUCCAUGACCAAGUCAGCCAGGAGCAACAUGUAA